AUGGGAUCACAGCCACGCAUGAGUCCAAACAAGAGUCCGUUCUCGAGCCAGUUAGAGGCGGUGCCGGCCUCCGACCUCGCCUGUGUUGUGUGGGCGCGCCUAGCUGAGCGCGCUGUGAGUGGCGCUGUGGCUCCCACGCGCACGGCGCACCCACGCCUGCGCUGGGCGGCCACGAAAGGCACGACGGAGACCACCCGCAGCAGCAGCACAGAGGCGGCAGCCGCUCCCGCAUCAGCAGUACCUGAUACUCUCCCAGAGGAGACCACAGGGGCAGCCACACAAGCCGGCGCGACUGCCGACGACGCGACUGCCGCACCGCGCUCGCUCUUCGACUUUCUCGGCUACGACGAGCUCCGCGAGGUCGUGGAUUGGCUCGCCGGCGAGGACCUGCUGCUCUUGCGAGAUAGCGGUGUCGUCGGCUCGCCGCACAGCGGCCUCAUCAAGAAGUGGACGAGUCGCUGGACGCGCAACGCGGCGCUGCAGAGCGCCUUCGCGUUUCUGGAGCCCGGCGACCUGGGAACGGUCGUCGCGGCAUUCUUCGUGUCGGACGUGGCCCUCGCGUCUGCCGCGCACAGCGCGUCGACGGCCGCGCUGCGGGCCGGUGGUCGACGGAGAGUGCCGCUCGCGGCGACUGAUAUCAUCACGGCCGUCUAGAUGGGCGCCGCGGCCUCGACCCAAGCGGAGCACGACGAGCUGCGCGCGGUCUUCGAACGGUUCAAGACGUCACCUGGUAACGGCGAUGACCUUGACGCCGCCGCGUUCGCGCAGCUGGUCCGCGAGGCGGCGCCGACUGUGCACUCGAAGAUGACUGCCGCAGGCGGAGGCGACGCGUCCCCGGCGCUCGCCGCGUUCCGCACGCAACUCGUCGGCGCGCGCAAUAAGCUCGCGGCCCAAGCGGCGCCGCGCGACGACGCCGCCGUCAAGGCCCGGGCGGCGGCCAUCCGGCAGCAUGACUGGGCCGCGGACGUUCCGACGAACUUACAGAAAGGCUUAAUCGCCGGCAUGCUCAGAUCGCAGGCGCUACGCCUCGUGCCGUUGGAGAUCAACUCUGUCCGAGUCUUGGCCCUCCUGGAUACGGGCGCGGAGCGCAGCGCGCUGGGCGUCGAAGCUACGGACCGCUGCGGCCUUGGGGAGCUCGUCGACGACUCGUUUACGCGGCGCGUCGGCGGCUUCGGCGGGGCCACGGACGGCUGCGGCCGCGUGCACUACUGCGAGAUGAUCGUGGGCGGUGUGCCGUUUCGGGCGGCGUUCGACGUCCUGCGGUUCCCGGCCAACGUCGAGUUCGAGGCGAUUAUCGGCCUCGACUUUCUCGUGCGCGGGCGCGCGAGCAUCGCAAUCGCCGAAGGCACCCUCACCUUACAUAACCACGACGGUACGCCGGCGAGCGUCGAGCUCCUGUUUCCGCGCGAGAACGAUGCGCUCGAAGCGGGUCGCGAGGCCGCGGCCGUCGCAUCUGUGAAGGGAGGCGGCGGCGCCUCCUAG